AUGUCUUCCCGUGCUUUGGCAAAACCUCAGAUGCGAGGCCUGCUGGCCAAGCGUCUGCGCAUACAUCUCACGAUAGCUAUCACUCUGUCCCUGGGCGUUGCAGCUUGCUAUAAGUUUGCUGUGGCUGACCGAAGAAAGAAGGCAUAUGUGGAUUUCUAUAGAAAUUUUGAUGCCAUGAAGGAUUUUGAGGAGAUGAGGAAAGCUGGUAUCUUUCAGAGUGUAAAAUAA